AUGUACUUGGGAGCUUCGGUUAGAUGUCUCGCGAGUCCGGCAGUCAUCAGGCAAGGCAUUUUCGCGUUAGCUACAGAUGGUGUCGAAGGGGCUGUGCUCAUGGCCUGGUAUUCGAGCGAUUCCGAGGCAAAUCGCCUAUAUCGUCGAACGCAAUAUGCGGACUUUCAACAUCUCCUCGCCCUUCGAGGCUUACCAUUUCGUGACGGUCCCUCUCCGUCUGCGUCGAUAUGGUGAUACUACCCUGAAGGACGCUGUUGAGAAGGCGUUAGAGGCUAAAUGAGAUUUACGUGCACAUGCUUUCUACUUGCUAACGAAGAUUUGUUAUCUAAUUCGUGUACUUGUGAUAGAUAUAUUUGAACUGCAC